AUGGUCUUUUUGGAGUAUGACCUCACUGCUUCUGCAACAUUUGGAUUUAAUGAUGAUGAAUUCAACCUCAAGGGAAUUAUCAAUUUUGCUCACAGUGACGUCAAUGUGAAAUGGCAGCAUAACUUUAUCAGAAGUCCAAGAAUGAGACGUCAAGCCUCUUCAUCUGAUCUCUAUGUCACUUCACACACACUGACACUUGACAUUACCAGUCCGUUAUUCACUGGUGUGGGCUAUCGGAUGGCUGCUCGUAAAGACGGCAUCACAGCCUCUGUCUCUUCUCCAACGACUGGAUUCCUGGGGCUUCAGCUGCAAAGGAGGUCCCCGUCACAGAUGUUUGGGAAACUCUUCAUCCGUUACUUGGAAACUCCUGAGAAAGACACGGACCUCGUCACGUUCAAAGCCACUCUGCGGAACUCCAAGAAGCUGGCACUGCAGUCCUCCUUCAGCAUGGACACUCUAAACGACAUCAUGAAAGCGACAAAAGGCCGAGUCCCUGAUGUAACCGAGUCCAUUCUCAAAGUCAUCAACAAAUACCACACUGCGCACUUUGUAGAAAUGGAAGGAGGCAACUGGAGACUGACCUUCUAG